ACGAGUAAGAUGGCGGCGGAUUCAUUUAGGGACGAACAAAUUACACCAACAAAAGUUAUUGUCGUUGGAGGUGGUUUGGUGGGAUCAUUAUGCGCCAUUUUUCUCGCUAAACGAGGAUUUCACGUUGACCUGUAUGAAGCUCGCCAAGAUCCUCGACUGGUGGAGUUUGUUGGUGGUCGUAGUACAAAUCUUGCUCUGUCCACAAGAGGGGCUGAGGCUUUAAGAGCAGUUGGGGCACUGGAGUCAAUUUCACCUCUGGGUGUGGACAUAUACGGCCGAAAAAUUCAUCCCCAAUCAGGAGACAUAACAACUCUCUUCUUUGAACAUGGAGAACAUCAUCCUAUGAUGGCGAUGGAAAGAAGGAAAGUUAAUGAAAAACUUCUUUCUGUUGCCGAGACCUUCCCUAAUGUGCACUUACAUUUUAAACACAAGUUGGUGUCUGCAAACUUGGAGGAGGGUCAUCUGGUACUUUCAUGCCCAGAAGGUACGACUGUGGAGGUAGAUGCACAGCUCGUCAUCGGAGCUGAUGGAGCUCAUUCAACCCUAAGAAGCGAAAUGAUGAAGAAGCCAAGGUUUGACUUUAGCCAAGAAUACAUUUCACAUGGUUACAAAGAAUUCCAACUUCUGCCAAACAAGAAUGGAGAAUAUGCUAUUGUAGAAGAUUAUCUCCACGUUUGGCCACGAGAUGGGUUCAUGUUAAUUGCUAUUCCUAACAAGGAUCCAUCUUUUACUUGUACUCUUUUUAUGCCAUUUGAAAAUUUUGACUCUUUGAAGACAAAGGAGGAUGUUCUGAGUUUCUUCAAUUCUGUUUUUCCUGACUUUGUACAACUGAUGGGAGAGGAAAGAAUUUUGGAAGAUUUCUUUAAAAAUCCUGUGUGGCAUACGGUUUCAAUAAAGUGUAAACCUUACCACUUCUCAGAUAAGGUGCUCAUUAUUGGUGAUGCAGCUCAUGCCAUGGUGCCAUUCUUUGGACAAGGAAUGAACUCUGGGUUUGAAGAUUGCCUCAUUUUAGACAGACUUUUGGUCAAGCACGGCAAUAACUUUGGAGCUGUCUUGGAGGAAUAUUCUAAAGUUAGAAACAAAGAUGCAGAGGCUAUUUGUGACAUGUCUAUGGAUAAUUAUUUAGAGUUGAGAUCAUUGGUCAAUUCUUUUUGGUUCCUUCUGGAGAGAAAAGUGAUGUAUGCCUUAAACCGGUUGAUGCCCAAAACUUUCAUUCCGCUUCAUACUAUGGUAACGUACACACACAUACCUUAUCGCGAAGUGGUUAAAAGAAAUCAGUGGCAAGAAAAGAUGGUGCGCCUUCUUCUUAUGACGGGCUCAAUAACAGGGUUAGCUGGACUUAUGGUGAUUUUAAAGACUUGGAGAUUUCGAAUAAGCUGAAAAGAAAAGAAAGCAUUACAGUGCAUCCGUUGAAACCGGGGUAGCCCGGACAAAAUAACGUUUUAAGAACCUUCUGUGACCCGUGACAGAACUUGUGGAGGCUUUUAUGCAUUGUGGCUUUUCUUUGUGCAAGUAUCUAGGGCAAAUGAAACACACUUAUUUUAACACGAAGAGUAGAGAUCCACAACCCAUAUCUUUAUGAAUUGAGUAUUUUAUUAUUUUUUUUCUUGUAAGUUCUUGUAGUCUACGUGAUGUCUUGGGAUGCGAGACACACGUAACCCUUUACAACCCAACAUCAUGCAUGCAUAUUCUCUACAGCGUUCUUUAUGCAUUUCCUAAGGUGCUGACAAAGAGAAUUUUUUACCAAUCAAUAGCUUCUUUGGUUUGUUAUCAUUUCCUUUAUUGUUGUGACGUUGAUGUGUGAUUCAGGGGUGAUAUUAUAACAAGAAAUUAGUAUAGUAAAAAUUUUAUAUAUAUUUAAUAGGGACUGUCAAUUGAUGACAAGUUAGGGUUAAUGUUGAGUUAGGGGAGGGGUAGGUGGGCAGUUGCCCAUAUACUGAUAUUGAUCCUUUAAUAGAAUCAAGGAGAAUUUUCAGGACUCGUCGAGAUUUAGAUAUAAAGAGGUUUUAAAUUCAAAGUAUGAAACGCGAAGAAAUAAAAAGAAUAUUUUGUU